GUCCCACUCUGCACUUGAGCUGCACUACUAUAACGCAGAGAAGAGCCGCUAGAGUAGCUUCUGUUCAAAUCGCGUGCAUGCCCCAACAUCAGACGCUGGACUAAGCAUGACCUGCGAAAUAUGAGAAUAUGAAUAUGUCUAGGAAGUCAGGAGUCAGGACGCCUGUGGUGGCUGGUUAUCAGACUGCCUGAUGUCGGCGCCCAAAACUGGUGUAUUAAGAGGCCCGCGGGGACCAAUCACAGCAACAUCUUCCAAAUCCACGCGUCAAGCCCCGCCCUCGGACAGCUCCGCCCACGCGCCUUCCCGGAAUCCUCUGGGGCGACUCCCGCUGCGGCCAUCUCCACUGUGGGCAGCCGCCGGGAUCCUGCUGCUACUGGAGUCCUGCGCCCGAGCUUGCGCGUUGUCUUUCUGCCCUGGCGAUCACCGCGCGGUCGCUGGGUGCAGAGGCAGGUGGUCGAUAGCAGCCACGAUGACCCAGGCAGAGAAGGGGGACGCGGAGAACGGGAAGGAGAAGGGCGGGGAGAAGGAGAAGGAGCAACGCGGUGUGAAGCGGCCCAUCGUGCCCGCGCUGGUACCAGAGUCGCUGCAGGAGCAAAUUCAGAGCAACUUCAUUGUUGUCAUACAUCCUGGUUCAACAACGCUAAGGAUUGGUCGAGCCACAGACACACUUCCGGCGAGCAUUCCUCAUGUCAUCGCACGAAGGCACAAACAGCAAGGACAGCCCCUAUACAAGGACAGCUGGCUUCUAAGGGAGGGUCUGAACAAACCAGAAAGUAAUGAACAAAGACAAAAUGGCCUUAAAAUGGUGGAUCAAGCAAUAUGGUCCAAAAAGAUGUCAAAUGGUACAAGACGGAUCCCUGUAUCCCCUGAACAGGCACGGUCCUAUAACAAGCAGAUGCGACCUGCCGUUUUGGAUCACUGUUCUGGAAAUAAGUGGACAAAUACCUCUCAUCACCCUGAGUAUUUGGUAGGAGAAGAGGCCUUGUAUGUUAAUCCAUUGGAUUGUUACAAUAUUCACUGGCCUAUCAGAAGAGGCCAGUUAAAUAUUCACCCAGGACCAGGGGGCUCCCUUACAGCUGUUCUGGCAGAUAUUGAAGUAAUAUGGUCUCAUGCAAUACAGAAGUACCUGGAAAUCCCACUGAAAGACUUAAAGUAUUACAGAUGUAUCUUGUUAAUUCCUGAUAUCUAUAAUAAACAACAUGUGAAAGAACUAGUCAAUAUGAUACUCAUGAAGAUGGGUUUCUCAGGGAUUGUGGUCCAUCAGGAGUCCGUGUGUGCCACCUUUGGGAGUGGCUUAAGCAGUACAUGCAUUGUAGACGUUGGGGACCAGAAGACAAGCGUAUGCUGUGUGGAGGAUGGGGUGUCUCAUAGGAACACUCGGCUCUGUCUGGCAUAUGGAGGAUCUGACGUGUCCAGAUGUUUUUACUGGCUAAUGCAGCGGGCUGGGUUCCCGUACAGAGAAUGCCAACUCACAAACAAAAUGGAUUGCCUUCUUCUGCAGCACCUUAAAGAAACUUUUUGUCACUUAGAUCAGGACAUCUCUGGGCUUCAGGACCAUGAGUUUCAGAUUCGACAUCCAGACUCUCCUGCCUUGCUAUACCAGUUUCGCUUAGGAGAUGAAAAACUCCAGGCUCCCAUGGCUUUGUUUUAUCCAGCAACCUUUGGAAUAGUUGGACAAAAAAUGACAACUUUGCAGCACAGAUCCCAGGGCGACCCCGAGGAUCCUCAUGACGAGCAUUACCUGCUGGCCACGCAGAGCAAGCAGGAGCAGUCUGCAAAAGCGACUGCUGACCGCAAGUCUGCAUCCAAACCCAUUGGAUUUGAAGGAGAUCUUCGUGGCCAGUCCUCGGAUCUUCCAGAAAGGCUCCAUGCCCAGGAGGUGGACUUGGGGUCCUCCCAGGCAGACUGCCUGAUGGCCGGCAAUGAUUCUGAGGAGGCCCUCACUGCACUGAUGUCGAGGAAGACUGCCAUCUCGCUGUUUGAAGGGAAAGCCCUGGGCCUCGAUAAAGCCAUCCUCCAUAGCAUAGACUGCUGUUCAUCAGACGAUACCAAGAAGAAGAUGUACAGCUCCAUCCUGGUGGUGGGAGGUGGUCUGAUGUUUCACAAAGCUCAGGAAUUUCUGCAGCACAGAAUCCUCAACAAAAUGCCACCUUCCUUCCGGCGAAUUAUUGAAAACGUGGAUGUGAUCACACGGCCCAAGGACAUGGAUCCACGGCUGAUCGCGUGGAAGGGCGGGGCGGUGCUGGCCUGCUUGGACACGACGCAGGAGCUGUGGAUCUACCAGCGAGAGUGGCAGCGCUUCGGCGUGCGCAUGCUGCGGGAGCGGGCGGCCUUCGUGUGGUGAGGCUGCAGAGAGGUGCUGCCGGAGACCAGAGCCCCGGGAUAGAAGGCUCACACGGAACAUGCGCAUUUGAACUUACUGACCUAGAUGCCUGUAUUUCCCGGAAAAUAAAUGAAUUUCAACUUUG